UGAUGUAAGGGUCGUGUUUUGAGAUGGAGAAACUGCAAAAACCGUCAGACCCGUCAGAUAAUAUUCGGCGAAGAUUUACUAAACAACGGAUGACAACCUCUGAAAAUGAAGUUAAAGAAACCAAAAAAGACACAAAUGAUUCUACCAACAAGAAGAUAAUGACAAAAGAUAGUUUUGGUUAUGGUUCAUACUGGUUAACUCGAAUUCUCAUGUUGCGUUAUAUUGGAUUUAUUUAUUUUGUAGCUUUCCUGGUUGCUCUACACCAGAACAAAGAAUUAAUUGGAAGCAAAGGUUUACUUCCAGCAAGUAAUUUCCUCAACAAAGUUAAGAAAUCAACAGGUGGUAUAAAUUUGGACACAUAUACUUGGAUUCCAAGUCUGAUUUGGAUGAUUGACUUUGAUACAGAUUUGGACUGGUUUCUGGACAUUGUUGCUUAUGUUGGCCUUGUCUUGUCGUCAGUUGUGAUAUUAAAUGGAGGAGCAAAUUGGUUAAUAAUGGUGACAUUAUGGAUAUUGUAUCAUUCCAUUGUCAACAUUGGCAGCACAUGGUAUGGAUUUGGAUGGGAAUCUCAGCUAUUAGAGACAGGAUUUUUGGCCAUUUUUCUAUGUCCUGUUUGGAAUGUGUCAUCAGUGCCUAAACACACACCAACAUCCUGGAUUGUACUGAUGGCAUAUAGAUGGCUUAUAUUCAGGAUAAUGAUUGGAGCAGGUAUGAUAAAGAUUAGGGGAGAUCAAUGUUGGAGGGAUUUAACAUGUAUGAAUUAUCACUAUGAGACCCAGCCAGUGCCGAACCCAAUAAGUUACUUUAUGCACCAGUCUCCAGAAGUUUUCCACAAGUUUGAGACAAUAACAAAUCACUUUGUAGAGUUGAUUGUUCCUUUUCUGCUGUUUUUACCACGCCCAUUACGUAUGGUGGGAGGAGCUAUACAGAUACUGUUUCAGGUUGUCUUGAUUAUAAGUGGUAACUUAAGCUUUCUCAACUGGCUGACGAUAGUACCUAGCUUGGCAUGUUUUGAUGAUGCAAGUUGUGCAUGGUUGUUCAGCAACAGUAGGAAUGCUAUUAAAUGGAAAGUUAGAGAAGUAGAAAAUGAAAUAAAACAUACCAAACAACCACCAAGACUUGGUUGUUAUAUAAGACGAGUAUUUAAUUUGAGUUUAGCUGGUUUAAUAGCAUAUCUGAGCAUACCUGUUGUACAGAAUCUUCUAUCACAGAGGCAGGCUAUGAAUACCUCAUUUGAUCCUCUUAGAUUAGUCAAUACAUAUGGAGCUUUUGGGAGUGUAACAAAAGAAAGAACAGAAGUUAUAUUUGAAGGAACGUAUGACGAUCCUCAUAGUUCUACAGCUAAAUGGGAGGAGUAUGAAUUUAAAUGUAAACCUGGAAAUGUAACAAGGACGCCAUGUCUCAUAUCACCUUACCAUUAUCGUUUGGAUUGGCUAAUGUGGUUUGCAGCAUUUCAGAGCUAUCAGAGAAAUCCAUGGUUAAUUCAUCUUGGUGUCAAACUUCUAGCAAAUGAUGAAGACACUACAUCAUUAAUAGAAAAUAAUCCUUUUGAAGGAAAGUCACCCCCAAGAUUUAUAAGAGCAGAACAUUACAGAUACAUAUUUACCAAAAUUAACAGCAAAGAGGCGAACGCUGGAAAAUGGUGGAAACGAACAAAAGUUGGAAGUUAUCUACCCCCUAUAUCAUUAGAUUCUGUUAAAGAUUUUAUGAAACAAAUGGAUUACACCAUGCCAAGAAUAAGAAAGAUGAGGAAGCAUUAAGAACUGAAAAAAUAAAAAAAAAAUUUGAUAGAGGUUUAUUUCUUUUUACAUUAAAAUUAUUGAGGUCUGAAUGAAUAGACACAUGUUUAUUUAAUGUUAGGUUUAGACUUAAUCUAGGUACAUUUAAAUAUUUGUCACACAUUAUUUUCAUGUUGAUUGAAUUAGUGCUUUUAUUUUUUGUUGUCACAUGUAACUUGCAUUUUUUUUUUACAAAUAACUUGUUUUUUAUUAGUUUAAAGCUUUCUGUUAGAUAUAUGUACAGUGAACCACGUGAUGCAUUUUCAUUUUUUUUUCAAAUGACUAAAUGGAAAUAUGGGUUAUAUUUCAAUAAGAAAACAACACAAUGAUGGAAAAAAAAACCAAACAAAAUAAAUCAAAAGACACCCACAAGACAACAUACAAUUAUUUCCUGUUAAUAUAAUUUUCGUCACAUUUUUAUCAACAAGUUAUUACCAUCUAUGUGAUGGAGUUCACAACUUAUCAGACAAAAGUUAUAGAAUGGAUGAGUAUUUGUAAUUUUCAUGACCUAUAAUUGUAAUUGUUAAAUAGUAAAAUACUUAUAAACACAUAUCUAUUUAUAAAACAACUUUUUCCCUUAUUAUAAAAAUUCAAAAAUCUUUUGAAAUCAUCCUGAGAUAUUAUGGCAUUUUACGUGAUAUAUACAAAGCAUUUUCUUCAUCCUCGCAUUCAAAGUACAAUUCUUGUGAUUUUUUGUUAUUUUUCCUCCAAAAAUUCAAUUCAUUUACAUAAUGGUUCUAUCUCAAUUAAUGAGGGGCCAUGGUGGUUGAGUGGUCUUAGUAGGUCCAUUACUGUAUCACUAGCCUGUCAACACUGAGGUUGUGAGUUCGAAUCUCGCACUUGGUAGGUGCGUUCGACUCAAAUCUUAAUUGACAAGGAUUGUCUGUUUUCCUGACAAAGGUCGGUAGUUCUCUCCAGCUUCCUCCACCAAUAAAAUUAAAAAACGGAAUUACAAAAUAGCCAAUAGUGCUGAAAGUGGCUUUAAUCGCCAAUCAAUCAAUCAAUGAACUCUUUUUUUUUUUUAAAGAAGUAAAAUAUUUUAAUUGAUCUCGGUUCUCCAUUUACUACACAUAGAAUUCAUCAGUAAAUUAUGUAUCAGGAUAAAUAGGGCAGAUCCAUUAACUUGUUGCUAACACAAUAGUUGGGAAAGUCAACAUUGCCUUUUCGCAAAUAUUCAGAUGAUAUUUUUUUUCAAGGGGUUCGAAAGUUUCAGUAGAUUUUAUUGUUAUAACAGUUGAAAUUUGUUAGAUUGAAUCUCAUGCAUUUGAAUAGGUAUAAUUAUAAUACAUGUUAGUAUGAGUACCAGGGAGAAUGGUUUUGAAAUUUUAUUUUAUUUUAAAUUAAGCUUUUUUUGAAAAUUAUUUUGGUGAAGGUCCUUUAUCCAAAGAAAAAAAAUAUUAAAAAAUAUAAAGUCUGAUUUACUCAGAAGUUCACUAUAUAAAGUGGUAAAUUUUAUAAUGUGUUAAAGGAUUUUUGUUUUUUUAGGGGGAGUUUUUUUCACACUGAAUAUGCCAACAUUUCUAUGCAGUACUGUUUUUAUGGUAUAUUGUUUUGACGUUUUUGACAAGUAAGUUGGAAUCUGGGAAAACAGAAUUGUUAAAACUUCUAAAAUUACAUUCCUUGACACAUAUUUAUGUUUUGAAUAAGCAGUUGUAGUAAACUAUUGAUAUGCAAUUAAAAACAGAUAGUGAGCAUUUAUUUGUAAAAUUUGUGUGAACACAGUCCUUCAUAGUUAUUUCUAUUUUAAUGUUAACUCUUCUAAUUCAUAUUGUUCAAGCCUUAAGAUAAUCAACCUUUUGAAUAUUGCAUGAUAUAGACAUAUAUUGUGGAAUUUAUGUUUAAAAAAUGUCUGUUCUUGCAUUCCAACAUGUAAUAGAAUUAAAAUGAUUAAUUUCA